CCUUCACUCCUCCAGUCAUAUCGGAAACCUUCAUGCCUAAUGAUGUUGUCAUGACCAUCACAGCAACUGACUCAGACAAAUGUCCAACAGAAAGCAGUGCAGCUGGAUCAAUUACAUACAGUAUUGAAGGAAAUGCUGGAUCAUACAAAAUAGAAGCUGCAACGGGUAUUAUUCAGGUAAAUACAGCUGUCUCGGUUGGUAUAACAACGAUCACAGUACGAGCCAGCGACAAUGAUGUCACCGGCGGAUUGACUGCAGACCAGGAAGUUACAAUUACUGUUGAAGAAAUAACCAGUCCAGUAGUAGACUUGAAUGGAGCAGAAGCCGGUAUUGAUGUCGCUGUAACCUUGUCAGAAAGUGAUCCACCAGAAGUAGCAUUAGUAGAAUCUGGUGUAAGUGGUGUGGUACAGAGUAGCGUCUCCUUGAACAAGAUCACAAUCCAAAUCACUAAUCCAGUUGAUGGAACCAAUGAGAUGCUCGAUGCCUCUCCACCAUCAGGGAUAUCGAAAUCAUAUGAUUCCAGCACUCACACUCUAACUUUGAGUGGAGUUGCAGUCCAGGGUCUCUACUCUGAUGCACUAAAAUCAGUCAAAUACAAACAUUCAUUGAUGACAGAUGUAUUGCAGAUGACUAGUGAAAGCCUGCUCCAAGACAGAACAAUAGAGGUUACAAUUACAAACCUCAAUAAUGUUGAUGGUGUGCCAGCAACUGCCACUGUGUCACUGGAAGCUACUGUUAAAUGCCAAAAUAUGGAUGAGAUAGUAAUCACAGACCGAGCUGAACUGAGCAAAUAUUCCAGUAUUUCUAGAAUAGAGUGCAGUUUCAGAAUUAUAUGUGAAAAUACACGAUUUUGUGACAUCAAUUCUCUUUCUUCGUUGAAACUCUUGCAGGCAAUCGAAGGAGAACUGGAGAUUUCAAAUACACGCUUGACAUCUCUAUAUGGAUUGAACAACCUUCAAUCAUUUGAUGGUUUAAUGCUAACCAACAAUCCAGAUCUAGAAACAACAAGUGACCUCAGAAAUGAAACCACUAAUAGAAAACGAAAACGAAGAGAUGGACAUAGAAUCCAACUCCCUGGGCAAGUCAUGAUCCAGACCUGUGGUUUUCUGAAAGAUGUUCUUGGUCUCAAGGGCAUUUCAGCAAUAGCAGGAAAUGUUGUGUUGGAAGAUAAUUCGCUAUCUGCUGGAGUGAUGGGAAUGGCAGAUCUUACAAAAAUAGAUGGAAACUUGCACGUCAUAGGAAACAACGAACUUCCAAAUCUCAUGGGACUGAACUCACUGAUUACCAUAGGAGGUGAAUUCAGGCUGCAGACCAAUAAUGCUCUUACAACUGUAACAGGUCUAGAAAGGCUACAGGAAAUCGGAAAUGGCUUUGUUGUGGUCGGUAACAUACAAUUACAAAACCUCAAACCUCUAACAGAGGCGCAGCAAUCUAUAAGUGGUGAUACACCAAUCAGUUCAGUUGGCGACCAGAUCUUUUUUGUGCAGAAUCCAGACAUGUGCACAAACAUCGCAUUUUGGAAGGGACUUCAAACAGUAGUUUCUGUUCCAGCAGAACCUCCUUCAUGUUCAUAAAGAAACAACUAAAUACCUGCUGACAUGAGAUGUUUGGCAUAGCUUUUAGAGUCACUAUUAAUGACAUGCUACUUGAAGCGUAGAUGAUUGCAUACUGUACUUGCUGCUGUUUGUAGUGAGGCUAGCUAAUUAAUGAAAGCUGUUCUUCUGUUUGUUUAGUCACGCCAUUACGUUGUAGUUGAGCAAGUAUGAAAUGAGAUGGACAUGAAAAGAUUGAUAAAAUGGAAUGUUAGGCAAGUGAGUUA